AAUAUUUUCUGUGUUCAUGACUACACGGUUGCAGCAGAAGCAGCGGCGCGUCCACUCUUAGAGCCACUAAAUCCUUAAUUUUCGAUCCCAAAUAUGGACUAGGAAUGUCCAGGGUGACGUCUCGUGUCCGGGGAAUGCGAGUUUGUAACCGCAUUUAUUUAACUACGCCUUCCCCGCUCUGAGGUCCUGGUAGGCAUUACACAGGAAGAGAGCCGUGUUGGAAAAAAAGAGACGGGACGCCCUCCUCCUCCUCUUCCUCCUCCUCCUUCUGUUGGCGGAUAACGGUGCCCAAGAAGUUAUUCAGGACCGACGCAGACAAUAGCGCCGAGACCUUCUAUCCAGCUGUGAUCCACGGCCAUCACUACUGAUUAAUGGUGUCUGCGCUGUGUCACAAAGAGGGAAACAGUCGGCUGAGAUCCUAUCAUGGAGGAUUUGGGAGUGCCUGAGCUGCUUAACUACCCUCUCAGUCCUCGUAUUGUUGUGUUUGAUGCCCUUCUUGCUGAUCUGGAGAGCACCAGCUCUCCUUUACCUCGGUGUCCCGUCCUGCUCACCUCUGACCCGCCCCAAAAUUCCGAUCCCACCACCCAGGACUCAGCCCAGACCCGGCCGCCGCCACCCGCAUACACCCCGCAGCAGACCGUUUCUUCAGCAAUGAAGACCACACAGAACUCCACCCCAGACAAAUUAUACAGCACCGUGUGUAAACCGCGCUCUCCCCGAAGCGCAGAUCCUCCUCUGGCCUUCUCUUCCUCCUCGCUGCUGGGGGGAGGUCUGAGUGAACUGGACCAUCUGCUACAGGAACUCAACGCCACCCAGUUUAACAUCACAGAUGAGAUCCUGGCUCAGUUCCCUUCUUCUAAGAAAGAUGAGAGGGAUAAUAUCAAGGAUAAAGCACCAACCUCCUCCUCCAGCUCUGCAAAGCCUUCUGCAACAUCGGCCACACUGGAACUGGACAAGCUGAUGGCUUCGCUGUCUGACUUCAGAGUCCAGAGCACACCAGCUGCGCCUGUCACUCCAGCGCCCGUUACAGCAUCACCGCAGCAGCCAGCCGCCGCCCCUCCUCAGCCUCCUUCAUCAGGAGGCUCACUGGACAGCAUGCUGGGACUCCUCCAAUCAGACCUGAGCCGACAAGGAGUGCAAACAUCCUCCAAGGGAAACUGCUCAGCCUGCCAAAAGCCAGUAGUCGGACAGGUGGUGACAGCUCUGGGGAAGGUGUGGCACCCCGAGCACUUCGUGUGCACCGAGUGUGAGACGGAGCUGGGCAGUCGAAACUUCUUCGAGAAGGACGGGCGGCCGUACUGCGAGCCGGACUACUUCACGCUGUUCUCCCCUCACUGCGCGCACUGCAACAAACCCAUACUGAAUAAAAUGGUCACGGCUCUGGACAAGAACUGGCACCCAGAGUGUUUCUGCUGUGUGAAGUGCAGCCGCGCCUUUGGAGAGGAAGGUUUCCAUGACCGUGAGGGCCAGCAGUACUGCCAGCAGUGCUUCUUGACUCUGUUUGCUUCCCGGUGUCAAGGCUGCAGCCAGCCCAUCCUGGAAAACUACAUCUCAGCUCUAAACUCUCUCUGGCACCCACAGUGCUUUGUAUGUCGGGAGUGCUACAGCCCCUUCGUCAACGGCAGCUUUUUCGAGCACGAGGGCAAGCCGCUGUGCGAGGCCCACUAUCACCAGUCCCGCGGCAGCAUGUGUCAGGCCUGCCAGCAGCCCAUCCUGGGGCGCUGCGUCACCGCCAUGGGGGCCAAAUUCCACCCACAUCACCUCGUGUGUCACUUCUGCCUGAAGCCGCUGAGCAAAGGCUGCUUCAAGGAGCAGGAGAACAAACCCUACUGCCACCCCUGCUUCAUCAAGCUCUUUGGUUGAGGGCCCAGCAGGUCUUCGCCGGCCUGCCCUGAGAAGAAGCCCUGAUGUGACUCUCAGUUCUCUCUUUUUUUUUCCUUUUUUUUGUUACUGUGGGAGUGAGGGCGGAGCUGGACUCUUUGUAAAUUUUGAAGAAUAUCUGAGUCAGCAGAGAGAUGAGGAGGAAGACAGAAUCAUCCAACCCAAACCAGCCCCAUUUUAUUUUAACCAUGGACCUUCAGUGCGAGGUUACAAACUUUAACACGGCUCAGAAACAAAAACAGUGUGUUGAAAUCAAAUGAAAAUUACGUUUUCCUACCAGAUGUAAAAAGAAAAUAGAAAAAGAAGCAUAAAUUUAUACAUCAUUUGAGAAUUUUUCCUGUUGUGCGAGGAAAUCCUCUUUUAAUAUAUUUGCUUUGUAUUGCAGAAAUUAUCCACGUCACUGCAACUGCAUUUUUAUACCAUAUGCUGACUGCUACAUUUGUUUUGUUUUUUUAUUAUUCAUUCACUAUUGCGCUAUGCAAAAUGCCAAAAAAUGAUUCCAAAGAAUAAAAUUAAAGCAAACACGA